GUGUGAGAGUAUUGGGAAACUAAAAUCCUAACUCAGAAUUCAAUAAAUAAUAAACUGGCUAUCUUCUUCAAUAAAGAUACUAGAAGAUCUUCUCCACUUCCGGCGCUUUCCUUACUCUCCAACAUCCUUCUUUUUUUUUUUUCUCUUCUCGCAAGUUCAACAAAACAAUCCUUUCUCUUCCUGUUUUACUAUGCAAAGCUUUAAGCCAGCCCUUCCUACGAACCCUGAAAUAUAUUGCUACUCUUCCUUCUUUCUCAGAGGAGUAGAUGAGAGCAGCCGUAACGAGACGCGUUUUGAGGAUCUUGGAGAGCUUGAACAACCUUUUCAGAAUGAUGCUGUUGAUUUAAGCGCAAGCUCCAUGUUCAGUUUAAAAGCCAACAAUGUUGCUAUUGUUACCAAUAACUUCCAGUACAACGCCUUGACCACGAGCAUUGGGUGUGCUACGGAAUUAUUAGCUUCAACUGGGACCGGGGGGUGUUUGGAUACAGGUCAAUUUAUAUACCAGAAGGGGACAACGGUUGGUUCCUCGUUGGGAAACGGCCAUAUUGAGAAUUGGGGUGAGUCAGGCUCAGCCAUGGCCGAUAACAGCCAACAGACUGACACUUCUACAGAUGUUGACACUGAUGAAAAAAACCAGGUUCAUGAAAUUCAGCGUGGAGCACUUGUAGUUGUGGAUUCAAUGGAUCAAUCCAAGGCAAAAACUGGUGACCAAAAGGUGCUGCGUAGGUUGGCUCAGAAUCGGGAAGCUGCAAGAAAGAGUCGACUGAGGAAGAAGGCAUACGUCCAGCAGCUAGAGAGUAGUCGUCUCAGGCUUACACAACUAGAGCAGGAGAUUCAAAGAGCUCGCCAGCAGGGUAUUUUUAUUGCAACUGGAGUUUCAGGGGAGCAAGGCCAUUCUGGGACUGGGAAUGGGUCUUUGGCAUUUGACCUGGACUAUGCACGCUGGCUUGAUGAACAUCAGAGGCUGAUCAAUGACCUAAGAUCAUCUGUAAACUCUCAUAUGGGGGAUAAUGAAUUAUGUCACCACGUUGAUGGUGUUAUAGCACAUUAUGAAGAAGUUUUUCAACUAAAGAGCAUUGGUGCAAAGGCUGAUGUAUUUCACAUGCUAUCUGGCAUGUGGAAAACACCUGCUGAGAGGUGUUUCAUGUGGUUGGGUGGAUUUCGUCCAUCUGAACUUCUCAAGAUAGUUGGCAAUCAUCUAGAACCCUUAGCAGAUCAACAGUUGAUGGGCAUUUGCAAUCUACAGCAGUCCUCCCAGCAGGCUGAAGAUGCCUUAUCCCAAGGAAUGGAAGCUUUGCAACAGUCACUUGUAGACACGCUUUCGACUGCUUCCCUUGGCCCUGCUGGUUCUGGAAAUGUUGCUGAUUACAUGGGGCAAAUGGCAAUUGCAAUGGGCAAGCUUGCCACGCUAGAGAAUUUCCUCUACCAGGCUGAUCUUCUAAGGCAGCAAACACUUCAACAAAUCCAACGAAUUUUGACAACUCAACAAGCAGCACGUGCCCUUCUAGUUAUACACGAUUACACUUCACGCCUUCGAGCUCUCAGCUCUCUAUGGUUGGCUCGUCCUAGGGACUGAUGUUAUCUGUUUCCUCGCAACUCUUCGUUGGGACACUAUUGAGCAUAUAACAGAGUAGUUCAGCUGUUUUACCUUACAUUAAACUCAUUGGAAGUGUGGGGGUCAACAGCAGAGUGAUACUUCAAGUUAAUUCAAGUUAAUUGCUCAAAGAUGGCCCCAAUUUUGUUGUUCCUGUAUUUAUCAAUUGUCUUAGGGGUAAACUACUGCCUCACGGUUCAGAGGAUGUCAUUGUCAGAUCAGAAGAACCCUGUUGCCGUGUGGCAUAAUCCAGGCACGAGGAUGAUAGCUUCGGCAAAUUAUUUAUCGAUACUAACCCUGUAAGAUGGUGCUGAUGCAUGAUAGAUUUUAACAAUAGCAGAACUGUACUAGCGGCUACUGCAGUACAUGUAUUCUGGGUUAUAAUAUUAAAGUAUAUUUCUGGCAAUUGGAAAAUCAGAUGUUGCUAGAGUA